GUCGAAACAAGUGAUAUCAUUGGGUAGCGAUUAUUGUCCAAUCAAAGAGGAGUACCCUGGCAUUUUGAAUUUGCACAUGCAAGCCUUCGCAGCGGUAGAUUCAACUGACCAACUCGUUCAAGUGAGAAUUGGCAGGCAGCAAUACAUCGUCAAGAUCCAGGCCAAGAAGAGCUCUGGGCAUCAUUCUACAUGCCUCGAUUGUCGCUCGUCUGACGACCAUGCUUGUGAAUGCAAGGCGGUCUUGUGUGACAAUGUGACCAUCGGCUCAGUGGGCGUGGCCUGGUCGCGUGGGGACCUUGUCACUCUGAUCCAAUCGUACAUGCACACAUGCGUCGCUGCCUUUGAGCCAUGGAAGAAACUCAUGGAAUCGCUCGUCGUGACCCAUCCGAAUGCCACCGUCGCUGUCGAUCACUCCAUGGCGCACUACCUGCUCGCGAUUUCAGUUCCUUUCGACAGUACUCAUGUGAUCCACGUACGUGUGCAUGCCAACUCACGGAUAGAAGACGCAUGCAUCGAAUAUGCACUCACCGAAACCACCAGUCUCGCUGUGCAUCUCCACACACCAACAACGAUCCAGGUUGCACUGGCCGUCCUUGACCGGCAGAGAGCGACCCGCGCUGCGUUUCUGGAUGCGUUGGCCCACCACUUGUUGCUGCUUUCCUUCGAUGCCACUCAUUUGAACACGUUGGACUGCGCCGUGGUGCAUGAUCAGGCCGACGCCGUCUGUUGGAUCGACAUCGUCCGCGUCACGUUCGCACCCACGUGGGGGCUUGUCUCCACAGACGCACCCCUGUCGUCCAUUCAAGAUGCCCACACUCUGUCAGGAAGGCCACUUGUGUCCGUUGUCCUCGUCGACGCAGAGGGCCACCACCCCCUCUCUAUCACCCCUUCAGACAUGGACGCAUUUCAUGCCAAUUUCAUCGCUCCAGAUGCUGCUUUCUUUCACUCGUGGCUUCGACACGUCCUGUACGCACGAGACAAUCGACCAGACGACGCCGUCCCUCCGACACGCCUACCUUCGACGUGAAGUGGUCAUUGCAUUCCAUGGCAGCAACAGUGUUUGAAAGUGUACAGUAUUGUAGUUCUAAUAAGUGCCGUACGUUGUUUGA